AGAAUUAUAUUAGUGCAAAAUUAAAGAACAAUAAGCUGGUAAUUAUUUGCAGAAGAAAAAAUGUUUGGAAGGUAUGAGAAUUCUCCUCAAGCGGUGUUGUCUUCUGCUAAAAGUGCUUCCCUACUACUUGCUGUCAUUUUUAACUGCAGCUUAUUGGUGCGGCUGAAGCCUUACAAAGACUUCGAAAUUGAGGAGCAUAUAAAAGAAUUUGCAGCAAAAUUGUCCUUGAUACCGAGCCCUCCUCCAGGGCCGCUUCAUCUGCUGUUUAAUAUGAAGCCUCUCCAAGUAGUAUUUCCGUCUCAGGAGGAUCCUGACAGUCCAGUUAUUGACUUGGAUCUCCAUCUUCCCUUUCUUUGCUUCAAGCCGGAACAGAUUUUACAGAUCAUUACUUGUAUUUUGACUGAACGAAAAAUUGUCUUCUUCUGUUCUGACUGGGCGCUGCUGACGCUGGUAUCCGAAUGCUUCAUGUUAUACAUUCAUCCUAUUCAGUGGCAACACACUUUUGUACCCAUCCUGUCUCGCCAGAUGCUGGAUUUUGUCAUGGCACCCACCUCCUUCCUUAUGGGGUGUCACAUCGACCACUUCGAAGAAGUUUGCAAGGAAGCUGAUGACUUAAUUCUGAUUGACAUUGAUAAUGGCGAUAUUGUUCAAUCCAAGUCCUCUGAAGAGGAGACCAACAUUCCAGAUGUCCCACUAGAAGCAGCAACUGUUUUUAUAAUGCGAUCGGAAAAUCUUCAGCUACACUAUGAGCUCGAACUCUGCCACCUGGGUUCCUCCACUGACUUCACUGAAAUGCAGGGGCACCGGAGGAAUUGGCAACGGAAGUUGAAUACUGAAAUUCAACAGAUUACUCUGCAGUUAAUAGUCAAUAUCUUUAGAGAGGUGAAAGACCAUUUGAACUACGAACACAGAGUAUUUAAUAGUGAAGAAUUUUUGAAAACAAGAGCAAUAGACGAUCAGCCUUUUUACAGAAAGGUAUUAGAAACCUACAUGUUUCACUCUUUUCUCAAAGCCCGCCUUAACCGAAAGAUGGAUGCUUUUGGUCGUCUGGAACAGAGUACCCAAAGUGAAGAAGACAGAUUCAACUUAAUGGUUGGUAAUCCAAGAAGGCUGACUAUGGAGAAAAUGGUUUCUAAAAGAUUUAAUCCUCAGUACAUGCUCAGCAGGCGCAUGGGGAUGAGUUUGCCUAACCUUCAAGACAUUAAGCCGAAGGAUGGUCCAACUAGGAAUUCAUCCCUUCGAAGUAUAAACACUACGCAAGCUAAAAGGUUGAUUUCUAAACCGGUCAGCACUUUCAGGAUUCCAGAAAUUCACUUUCCGUUGGUGAGUCAUGGUGUCCAGUCAUACUACGAUGACUUUAUUAACCAUCUCAGCAGAGCUAUAACAAUUUUAUCACCAGAGAACUCUGGACUUUUAGCGAGGUAUUUCUACCUUCGGGGACUUAUAGGUUUGAUGCAAAGGAAAUUUCUAAAUGCACUUUCGGACUUCCAAAAUCUGUACAAGACAGACAUAAGGAUAUUCCCUACUGACCUUGUGAGAAAAAUGAUAGAAACACUUCCACCGUCGGACCGCUCCCAGGCGGAUCAGAAACCCGAACUGAAGCGUUUGAUAAGUCAGCUGUUGGAUAAACAAAGAGAAAUAACCAAAAUAGACGAUCAUGUGAAAAAAUUUGAGUUGCCAAAAACUCACAUGCAGGUGAAUGACUUUGUAAAGCGCAUCCAGGAAUCUGGGAUUGUCAAAGAUACUGACACAAUCCAUCGGCUGUUUGAUGCAUUAACAGUAGGGCAGCAAAAACAAAUUGACCCAGAAACGUUUAAAGACUUUUAUAACUACUGGAAGGAAACAGAAGCAGAAGCUCAAGAUGUAAACCUGCCACCAAGAGUAAUAGAACACCUGGACAAAAAUGAAUGUGUUUAUAAGUUAUCAAGCUCAGUAAAAACUAACAAAGGGGUUGGGAAAAUCGCACUGACGCCGAAGCGCUUGUUUCUGUUAACCGAAGGAGCUUGUCCAGGCUAUGAAGACAUCGCAAGGUUCAGAGAUAUAGAGGAAGUGAAGAAUACCACAGUUACUUUUCUGCUUCUCAGGAUUCCUACCCUGAAGAUAAAAGUCAAGUCCAAAAAGGACGUUUUUGAAGCAAAUCUUAAGUCCGAGUGCGAUCUUUGGUACUUGAUGGUGAAAGAGAUGUGGGCUGGGAAGAAAAUGGCAGACAAUCACAAGGAUCCACAGUACCUUCAACAAGCACUUACCAAUGUUCUUCUAAUGGAUGCGGUAGUAGGUGCACUGCAGUCCUCCAAAAUAAUAUAUGCAGCUUCAAAGCUAUCUUACUUUGACAGGAUGAAGAAUGAAGUGCCCAUGAUGGUUCCCAAAACAACGUCUGAAACACUAAAGCACAAGAUCAACCCAUCAGCUGGUGAAACUUUCCCACAAGCAGUGGAAGUCUUGCUUUAUACACCAGGGCAGCUGGAACCCACAGAAAAGCAUGGAGAUGCCCAUCCAAAAUUAUGGUGCGCUUUGAAUGGGGGAAAGGUGGUGGUCUUUGAUGCAUCAACGUGGUCUCUACAGCACUGCUUUAAAGUGGGGACCUCUAAACUGAAAUGUAUGAUAAUGGCAGAACAAAGUCAAGUUUGGAUCGGUUCUGCAGAUUCCGUCAUCUAUUUGAUCAACACCCACAGCAUGUCUUGCAAUAAGCAACUGAAUGACCAUCGCUUUGAAGUUGUGGACAUCAUUGUGGAGAACAGAGAGACUGUACCCAGCGAGGCGUAUUCCUGCAGCGUGGACGGAACGGUGAUCGCCUGGAACAUCAGCACGUUGAGAGUGAACCGCCGAUUCCAGCUGUCCUGCGAAAUGGUGACUUCGAUUCAGUUCUACAAGAAUCGGCUUUGGUGCUGUGUACAGGAUUGCAUUCUUGUAGUCACCACAAAUGGGCUUGUUCGCCAAAAGGUGAAACUGGACAACAUGGCAACCGAACUCCUUACGCCCUUGCUCUGUUUCCAGUUGUUUCCUGAGAGUGAUGAAGUGUGGGCUUCGUGUGCCGGCAGCAGUGAGCUCUUUAUCUGGAAUAUGGCGGAUCCGUCUACCCCCUCGCAGAAGAUGAGCCUGCAAGACUGUUCGGAAAUCACUUGCAUGAUAAAAGUGAAAAACCAGAUGUGGGUUGGUGGCCGAGGACUUUCCCAAGGCAAAAUCAAAGGAAAGGUCUACGUGGUGGAUAUGGAAAGAAAAUUGGUGGAAAAAGAGUUGGUUGGACACACUGAUGUGGUGAAGUCCUUAUGCUCUGCAGAGGAUCGAUAUGUUCUGAGCGGAGCUGGAAAGGAAGAAGGGAAGAUAGCAAUCUGGAAGGUUGAAGAGAGUUUGGGGUUCCAGUUCGUUUAAUGUCAUUUUAAUACCCGAAUAUAGAAGUUAAUGUUGUUUUCCACUAAGUUUUUUUUAACUUACUGGAUCACUUUUCAACCACGAAUUGCAUACUGAGAAGAAAGUGUAAUAGGGAAUCACUGGAUAUUUCUUAAUAUCAAAAUUCACUAAAUCUGCAUUUCAGAAUCUGUGGGGCCCCUUGUUUAGACUGUAUAAUCUCUUUCAGGAUUGGACUUCUGAGCUUGUUGAAAGACAAAACUUCAGCUCUUGCACAGAUUAACUUAUGAGUGUCGCCCUUUGAUUUCGCGAGAUUUAAAAUGAGAUACAUUGAUUGAACCAUCAGAAGCUGUCUCUGCUGUGUUGGUGCAGCUGUGUGGACCCUUCUGCCUUUGAAAUCAAGGGGAGGCUUUGCUCUGCAGAAGCCACCUGAAGAGAAUCGAUCCUUUUCUUUCCAUCGGUGCUCUGGCCUUGAGAUUUAUUAUUAUUAUUAUUAUUAUUUUAAAGCAAGAGUGGUUUGGUGAAAGAAUUCAAGGACUGUGCUUACUACAUUCCAGGAAGGCUGCUAUUGUAAAUGAUCAACAGGUUGAACUCUCCGUUCCUUAGAGAAACAAUUGCUAUUUCAUUUUGUCCAUCACCUUCCAAUUAAAUGGAAAAAGCCUGUGUGCAAGAAGAAGGGGGCUUUCAUUUGCUUACAGGCAAAAUGUGUCUCACCUACAGGGUCUUUCUUUCACAACAUCUUUCCUUCGGCUGUUCUUUUCUCCCCCCCCUACUUAUGAACAAGCCCCUCCCCAUUUUGAAAUCUAAAUCACUAAUUCCCCCCACACUCCAUUCCACACUUUUGUUUAAAAUACUGUACGUCUGCAAUAAACUUUAGUUCUUCCUAGCUGUGGAUAGGAGGCUGAAUAAUACUAUAAAAUACUGUGUAAGAUUUUGAACGCAUUUAUUAGAAAUUUAGCAGAAAGGGUAAUCAGGUACUCAUUUUACACAGUCCCAUUGUGAAGGAUGUCAGACUUCUAAUAAAACCAUGCUGUC